UGGGCACUCAGCAUCGCAUCCUACUCCCUCAAACCCCCUCCUCUUCAGCCCACUCUCUUCUUCACUUUCACGACGCAAUGGCUGCUCGGGCGGGCCUAAACAAGAACAACUCCGCGGUCAAACGUAUCAUGCAGGAGGCCAGGGAACUCGCGAACGACCCAUGUACCGACUACUCGGCAGUCCCUCUUGAGGACGACAUCUUCGAAUGGCAUUGUACGCUUCGAGGCCCAUCUGGAACAGAAUUCGAGGGAGGCUUGUAUCACUUUCGCAUCCUACUACCAGCAGAAUAUCCGUUCCGCCCGCCCUCCGUCAUGAUGCUUACCCCGAAUGGUAGAUUUGAACUGAACACAAAGAUUUGUAUCAGUUUCACAAGUUACCAUGAAGAGCUCUGGCAGCCUGCUUGGGGUGUGCGAACAGCUAUCAUCGGACUGCAAGGCUUCUUUCCUCUCAAGGGCACAGCAGCCGUCGGAGUAGGUGCCCUCGAGUAUCCUACCGCCGAGCGUAAACGCCUUGCCGCGCUAUCAAGAGAUUGGGUUUGCCCGAGGUGCAACCGUUCCAAUCUCGAGUGUCUCCCAGAUCCCUCAGCCUCAGCCGCCGGCUCCCCCACAUCUGCGCAAGAAGUGGUUCCUCCUCCUCACACGACACAGUCAACAACAUCCGUCGGGCCUUCUGCGGAGAGCACCGAGACGGCAAACCCCGCGCCUGAAGCACAAUCACCGAUUGUUCUGCCCGAGCAGCCUGCAUCAUCCAGUGCAUCCUCUGGGUCACUGACGCCCGUUCCCAUCGUCGCUCCUACACCCAGACGUCUAACGCCUCCUGCCUCCAUUCUUACGAAGCGCGUCCCCACUCCAACCGCGCAGCCUGUGAAAUUGCAGCCUUCGUCGCGUCCAGACAGCCGCACGCAGGCCCAGCCCCAGGGUGAUCUGCCUGCGGUCGCUGCCGCGAUUCAACAGAGCCCACGACGGCCCCCGGUCCUGCUAGAUACGACCAUCUGCGUGUUGCUUGUCCUGAUGUUUGCGUUGAUUGCGAAGAGGCUCGUUUAAGAAGUUACACGCUGUAUUUGGUCGACUAGGGACAUCUUGCGAGGGGUCCGAUGGAAAAUCGGGUUUCCCAUUGUAAUAUAACUGUAUAAUUAGCCUUCUUUCGGGGUUUCCACACAUCUAUAUGCGCCAGAAUUGUUUGGUCCAUGCUUGGCACUCUCUUGCCGAAACUGCGAAGAACAGUUCGCAUUGCGUUUUAGUUUACAGUAGUACAGGAAAUAAUGAGCCCGUUACAUGAAGGGCCGAUGUGACAGUAGUGAGCGAGGUAUAUCUAAGCAGUUACCGCCUCUUCUUCUGCUGCACGCUCAGCGUUAUCAGUUCCUCGUCUUCAACGUUGUAGCUCGCAAGGGUAUUAGCGUUGGUCAACAUUCUGCCCGCAUAUGCAAGUCGCAUUGAGGAUACGGGC